GUGGUCUCACCAUUCGACGGUCGCGUCGCGUCGCAAGACGCACUGAACGUUGCUGUGAUCACCUCGCCCAAUCAAGACUGGGUUCCCGCACACCCUGUGGAACGACGCGUCGUCCGCACGUUCUCGGACGGCCUGUGGGGCGAACACGAAUACUCGAGAUGGCCUCAGCCCAUGAUACGCAACAUGUGGCAUCUAGGGUGUAUACCCUCUCUCCGCCAUCCGCAGCCCGACAUUCCGCCCGCAGUUUGGACAUUGCUCUCACCCUCACGCGAUUGGGCGGAAGAUGUUAAUGUCGGCGUCCCUGGACUAGGAUUUUUGCUCCCCGACAUCAGGUCUCACCUCUGCCAGGCCGCCGAAUAUGCGACAUCUAAGUUCAUGACCAUCGUCGGCGUCCCGCCACACCGAAUUUCAUAUGGCGAACAGCUCUGUCUGGUUCUGCGACAGUGCCUUGAACGCAUGAUGCGACUGCCCUCAGACGCCGUCGUCUCAAUCGCGGUCGGCGCACACAUCCAGCGCGUCACGUA